GACGAUGAUGAUGAUGAUGAGCUCCACUGCGAACACGAGCGAGCGGAGAACCGGAGGAUGGAGAAGCAGAAGAGCCGCAGCCGCGCACCGGAAAACAUAUGAUGUUUUAGCAGCAGCAGUGCGGGCUCCACUUGACGUUUUGACCACUUUUGGUCAUCAAAUAGAAAGAUGGCGCCGUCGGGCUCGCGCAGCUUUGACUGCUGGAGAGUUUUAUACUGGAUCCCCGUGCUGUUCAUCAGUCUGAUCGUGGCAUGGUCCUACUACGCUUAUGUAGUGCAGCUCUGCAUAGAAACCAUUGAAAACAUGGGAGAGAAAACAGUUUACCUGCUGAUAUAUCAUCUGCUGUUUCUGAUGUUUGUGUGGUCAUACUGGCAAACCAUUUACUCAAAACCAAUGAACCCGCUCAAAGAGUUCCACCUGUCACAUGUUGACAAAGAGCUAUUAGAGCGUGAAGACCGGCGAGAAUCUCAACAGGAGAUCUUGAGGAGAAUUGCUAAGGAUUUGCCCAUUUACACACGCACCAUGUCAGGAGCAAUCCGCUACUGUGAUCGCUGUCUGCUGCUGAAGCCUGAUCGAUGCCAUCAUUGCUCCGCCUGUGAUAUGUGCAUUUUAAAGAUGGAUCACCACUGUCCGUGGGUUAACAAUUGCGUGGGCUUUGCCAACUACAAGUUUUUCAUGCUCUUCCUAGCAUAUUCCUUGUUGUAUUGCCUUUUUGUCACUGCCACAGACAUGCAGUAUUUCAUCCAGUUUUGGACUGUUGAUGGUAAAACACAUGAUCGUCUAAUCCAAUAUUUGAAUGGUCUGCCUGAUACUCAAGCCAAAUUCCACAUCAUGUUCCUGUUUUUCGCCGCCUCUACAUUCUCAGUCAGCCUAGCGUUUCUGUUUGCUUAUCACUGCUGGCUUGUCUGCAAGAACAGAUCCACUUUGGAGGCGUUCAGAGCUCCUGCAUUCCAGCAUGGGACAGACAAGAACGGCUUCAGUUUAGGAGCAUACAAAAACUUUCGCCAAGUGUUUGGGGAUGAAAAGAAAUAUUGGCUUCUGCCUAUUUUUUCAAGUUUGGGCGACGGCUGUUCAUUCCCCACCUGUCUAGUGAAUCCAGACCCUGAACAACCUUCUAUACCACCUGGACGAAACCCUUCAGUCAAGAGUGCUGGAGAAUCGCAUCCGUUUCCUCCUAAACCUCUGAGAGAGUCACAGAGUCGCCUGCUGAACAACGGACAGACAGACGGAAGUGAAGACCGAGACAAGCGAGGCACAAGCAACCCAGCCUUGACUAUUGAGAAGGAAACUUAGAAACAGGACUUCUGUGCUUGUGAUCUCUGAUGAGUGAGAUGUUUCUGCUGCUCUAAAAUUGUCUAUCACUGUCCACCUAAAGGCUUGAGAUCUUUCACAAGAGCAAACAGUGCAGGAUUGUGGUCUGUACAUACACGAAGACAUACACGCAGAGUCUCCUUUCCUGCUCGGAAACAGUAUGGCAGAGAAAUCUUAACGUGCCUAAAGAAGCCCACAAAUGUGGCUGAACAUUUGGAAACAUGACCGUGGUGCUAACUAGAAACCACAUCUUAAAGAACAACAACAAAAAAAGUAGACAUUUGUAUGGUAAAUGCCUUGAAUAUAGCUUGUGUGGUGUAGGCAGUGCUGAAAAAGGUUUUUGUGAGUCUGGGAAAUGUUCAGUAUUUAUGCAUGCAUGUGUGAUGAUGGUACUUUGUCGUUUGUCAUGUUUGAAGUGUGAAAACCGAAAAGUGUUUCUGCGCUAAACGUUAUUCAGUUUUUGAUUGAAAUGCAGCGUUGAACUGUUUUGAUUCAUUACUAAACAAAUGCAUUUGCACAUUUGUAAAUAUAAUCUGUUCUAUUUGACAAAGUGUCAAAGAAGAGCUUGUCCGUUACCCUUAAGUCUGGAUCUCAGCUGUAAAGGUCACUUACAAGCAAAACGACUGAUGUAGCAAAAACUGAAGGCUAUUUUUAGUGCUGGAUAUAUUCAGACGAAAGCACGGUUUAUUCAAGUUUUUACCUGACAAGCACAGGGAAGACAAAAAAUGCUCGAUAUGCACUUUGAACAGCGCUUGAAGCUGCACUUAUUUUUCACAUUUCCAAUUGUCUGUUUGUUUGUUUUUUCAUUACAGUUCUGUCAAAUUAAAUAUGCAAGGAGUCUUGUGUCCUUGUGUGUUAUUAAACUGCAGACAUUGUUAAAAAUGACUGUAUAUAUAAAUAUAUAUUCGAAUAUUUUUAGCAUAAUCCUGUUUGCACAAUUAAUGCAAAAAUCAAGAGAUGUGGUUUUGGUAUCAUGUCUGAUUAAUCUAAGGGCUCUAUUAAUGUACUUUCUUAUCUGGAUUUGAUUGCAUGUUAAUACACUUGAUUUUGACUGAGGUGUAACGAAACCUCUGAAAUGCCAAGAGUUGUGGUGUGUUAUCUGUUUUGUAGUUUUUAAGUCGUACAGUAAUUCUGUUCUUUUGAGAUUAGUUUCACGCACCACAUUAAAAGAAACUUUGAUUUCUACUGGUUCUUGCUUUGGUGUCCUUUAGACUGUUGUAGCUGCUUUUGUUAUCUUUGAGAGUGUGAAUGUGAACUUCUGCUGGCUCUCUGCGUAUGUAGCUUAAUGUUUUCACGAAAGUCAGACUCUGUAUGACAACGCCAUUGAAGGAUAUGCCUUGAUGAGUGUUAAUGUAAAAAAUAAUAAAAUGAUAUUUUAUUAAACGCAA